AGCCAGUGAAAGUGAACCCGUUCGAGAACGCAUUCAGGAUGCAAGGAUUUUCAGUGAUAAUACUUAUUAUAAUUUCUAUCGAUGACAUAAAAUCGUUAAGUGUGCGUCAAAGUGAACACAGGAAAAAUGAGGUUGAAAUUCAUGAUUUCAGUUGGCCUGCUUCCGCUGCUAAGAUGAAAAAAAUAAUACCCGAUACACAAAAGUUUAUUUUUCAUCGUGCUUAUGUAGGCAAUCUUCCCCAUUAUUUUACAGAUGAAUUCAAGAAAUGCAGCCAAAUCGAGUUUCAUUAUGGAUCAGUUCAUUCAAUUCAGAUGAAUCCUAAAUUAUACCUCUUCGGUCUAUAUAAAACGAUUACUGAUAAUGUGACAAUCGAACGGGGAAAGGACUAUCAACUAAAGAUCUUUCGAUGUAUAGAAAUAAAUCUGAAACAAAUUCCAAAAAAUAUUAAUCAGUUGAAAAAAUUGGAAGUUUUAGAUUUUUCAAACAACCUGUUAGAAACAGUUCAACUAGAGCAGUUUAUUGGUUUAGACAAUUUGGAAACGCUGAGUCUGUCUUCUAAUAAUUUAAAACACAUUUACAGUAAUGGUCCGUUGAGUCUGCCGUCGCUCAUCAACUUGUAUCUUGACAAAAAUCAACUUCAAUAUGUUGACGUAUGCGAAUGGGUCAUGCCUUAUCUUACCAACAUUGAUCUCAGGGCAAACAAUUUGACAUUUUUCACAGUUAAUCAUUUCCGCGAGCUAAAAGUGUUAGAAAUUUCUGGAAACCCACUAAGCUGUGGUUGGAAAGAUAGGUUAUUGAGAAAAAAUCCAAGCCAACACAAUCCAUAUUUUGCAAAUUUAUUUUGUGAAGAAAGAAGUGUGGGUAUGUUCGAAUUGGAUUGUCCAUCAUAUUUUCAUUUGCAGCAGCAGAUUUACACUAUUUACUACUGGUUAAAGCAAAUUGAAGGGAAAAUCAACAGCAGUCAACAGGAUUCUAAUUUAGGUGACAGAAUUGAAACAUUUGAAGAUCAGCUUAAAAAUCUCACCUCACUAGUCAUCGAGCAACAAAAUGUUUCGAAUGACAUUAUUGAGGCAAUGUAUCGAACAGACAUUGAGAGGGCCUCCAGGGGCAAUGUAUCGAACAGACAUUGAGAGGGCAGAGCCCAUGCCAUUUGCAAAUAUAAAAAUAUUAAUGUUAGACAUUUUUGAAUUAUGUUAAUCUUAGAAUAAAAAAAUAUUUGUAUCUAGCUUAAGUUCAUGGUAGAAUACACGGCAAUAAAAAGUAACAUCUACACAGAUCUUCUAGUUGACGUUGUGAAAAAUAUCACAUAAUCCACAGUUUCUUUAUUUGUGCAACAUAUAAUUAAAGUCCACCGAUGUAACAUUCAGCAAUGUUUAGCCCAUAGACCACUCAUGUGGUAAUAAC